CAUAUGAACUGGAGCAAAUAUCCCCACCGGCCACACAGAUCCCUUUCGUUCUCUGCAAAGUGCCGACUCCCACCAUCUUUCUAAAUUCUAACCUUUUUAUCUCUAUUCUUCUCCAUCAUUUUUGGAGUGGCCUUCAAUUCCCAUAAAAGGGCCCCUCUUUUUACGGGUUCUUUUUGUGGUUGAAUCAUCUUUCACGAGGUAAGCAGAGAGAGUCAAUCGUCUAAUGUGAUCAAAUUUCUCAUUUCUGUUUUAUCUUUUCGGAAGGCAGAGUUCUGGAAAUUAAUUUCGAUGUUCAUCAACUAUGUAUUGAGAUGUGGUCUAGAUUUACACUUUUCUGGAUUUAGUUUGUUGACUUACUUGAAGUUGUUGAAUCUGAUUGGGGUUUUGAGAUUGUUGGGUAGGAGGCACUAAAAGCUUCUUAAACCUGAUCAUUGAAACUUCUAUGAUCUUUUGAUGUUGGGUAAGGAUAGAAGUGGAACGGAGUAAGGUUUUUGUGUAUUUGGGGAUGCCAAUGGCGGCUGAUACUGAUCGUUCAAACCCAUUCACCAGAUUAGAAGGUAGUUAUAAUAAGGCUAGUGUUGUGUCCCCUGCAAAUGUUGAAUCUCAAGAGGAUUCGGAUGACUGGAAGCAACUAAGUGGUAAACCUCCCCUCCAUUUUCGGGUAGAGCGGCUUUCUAUAAGCUCUGAGACACUUCAAGUCUCAGCUGAUUCGGAUUUCGAGGUUGAUAUCAAGGAAAUAGAAUGCACCUCAGAAGGAAAAUCGGGAUAUCUACCUGUAUUUCGAUCGGGAAGUUGUGCUGAGAUAGGACCGAAGCAGUACAUGGAGGAUGAACACAUCCGGAUAGAUAAUUUAUUGGAGUAUCUGGGAGAAUCUUCUAGUGUCACUUCUCUUGGAGCGUUUUAUGGAGUUUUUGAUGGGCAUGGAGGAACAGAUGCAGCAUUGUUUGUUAGGAAUAAUAUUCUCAAGUUUAUAUUGGAGGACUCUUUUUUCCCAAUUUGUUUGGAAAAGGCAAUCAAGAAUGCUUUUCUGAAAGCUGAUUAUGCCUUUGUUGAUGAUAGCUCUGUCGAUACAUCUUCUGGCACAACUGCACUCACUGCUCUCUUAUGUGAACGGAGAUUGGUGAUUGCAAAUGCGGGGGAUUGCCGGGCAGUUCUGGGUAAAUGGGGAAGAGCUUAUGAGCUGUCGAAGGACCACAAACCGGACAGUGUGCAAGAAAGACGGAGGAUAGAAAAACUGGGAGGUGCUAUAUAUAAUGGCUACUUGAACGGCAGACUGUCGGUAGCGCGUGCCUUGGGUGACUGGCACAUGAAGGGUCCGAAGGGGUUGGCGUGUCCGCUGAGUGGUGAGCCGGAGGUGCAAGAGAUCAUGUUAAGUGAGGAAGACGAGUUCCUAAUCAUGGGCUGUGAUGGUCUGUGGGAUGUCAUGAGCAGUCAGUGCGCGGUCACAAUGGCAAGGAAGGAACUCAUGGCCCACAACGAUCCUGAGAGGUGCUCCAGAGGGCUCGUGAGGGAAGCCCUUAAGCGCAACACGUGCGACAAUUUGACAGUCAUUGUGGUUUGUUUCUCACCUGAUCCUCCGCCCCAUUUUGAAACAUUGGUCAGGCUGAGUCCGUUGACUUACUGAAGUCUAAAACGCGGCUGUUAUUAAAGGUGGCGCGGCUGCUGUCAUGAUGUGAAAUGACUAUUAGUUAGUUAUUGGACUGACUCGCUUCUCCCUUCUGUCUGUAGUUGGAUGGACUUCUCUUGUAUGUAUAAAUGUAGAAUGGAUUUUUUCUUUCUUUUAUGUAUAGAAGAAGGCUCUUGAUCAUAUGUAGUUUAUAGCGUCAGCCUUUGAAGAUCCCUAGUUUCUCCAUCCUCUAAGCCUCUUAGACCAUCUCUAGGGGUGUAUGAAUUAGGAGAGUCCCGU